AUGUCUAAAAGAUCAGCUGAAGAUCAGCUAAAUAAUAUUAAUAAUGGAAAUUCACAGGUGAAAACUACUCAAAAUUCAGUUCCUAAAAUUGAACAAGUAGAAGAUUCAAAUGUGGAAAUUGGUGAAUUUGAAGACCCGUACGGUGAUGAUUUUGAAAGUGAUGAAGAAAUAAUAGAAUUAGAUGAAGAACAAGAAGAUGAAAAUAUGGAUGAAGAAAAAGUAGAGGAUCAAGAAGAGGUCAGAAUUGAAUCAUCAAUUUAUCUCCCACAUAAAUCAAAACCAUUAGGUCCUGAUGAAGUAUUAGAAGCUGAUCCAUCAGUUUAUGAAAUGUUACAUAAUAUAAAUUUACCGUGGCCUUGUCUUACAGUUGAUAUUUUACCUGAUAAUUUAGGAAAUGAAAGAAGAUCAUACCCCCAAACUGUUUAUUUGACAACUGCAACUCAAGCUGCAAAAAAUAAAGAUAAUGAAUUAAUUACAAUGAAAGCAAGUUCACUAGUAAAAACAUUAAUAAAAGAUGAAGAAGAUGACAGUGAUUCAGAUGAUGAUGAAGAUAUGGAUUCUGAUCCAAUUUUAGAUACUGAAACAAUUCCAUUAAAACAUACAACGAAUAGAAUAAGAGUAAAUCCUAAUUCACAAAUUACUGGAGAAUAUUUAACUUCUACAUGGAGUGAAUCCGGUGAAGUUUUAAUCUUUGACUUAUCUUCUCAAUAUAAAGCCUUUGAUUCACCAGGUUAUAUGAUUCCCAAAUCUUCAAAAAGGCCAAUACAUACAAUUAAAUCCCAUGGAAAUGUAGAAGGUUAUGGUCUAGAUUGGAGUCCAUUAAUUUCAACUGGAAGUUUAUUAUCUGGUGAUUUAACAGGUAGAAUAUAUUUAACUAAUCGAACAACAUCAAAUUGGACAACUGAUAAAACACCAUUUUUUGCUUCUAAUUCUUCAAUUGAAGAUAUUCAAUGGAGUCCCAAUGAAAAUACAGUUUUUGCUAGUGGUGGAACUGAUGGAUAUAUUAGAAUAUGGGAUACAAGAUCAAAAAAACAUAAACCGGCCUUAUCUGUAUCAGCAAGUUCUUCAGAUAUAAAUGUCCUUUCAUGGUGUAAUAAAAUUAAUCAUUUAUUAGCAUCAGGUCAUGAUGAUGGAUCAUGGAGUGUUUGGGAUUUAAGAAAUUUUAAACCAGAGACAAAACCUAGUCCAGUUGCAAAUUAUAAUUUUCAUAAAAGUGCAAUAACUUCAAUUUCAUUUAAUCCUUUAGAUGAAUCUAUAAUUGCUGUAAGUUCAGAAGAUAAUACUGUUACAUUAUGGGAUCUUGCAGUUGAAGCAGAUGAUGAAGAAAUUUCUCAACAAAGAAAAGAAUUAAAAGAAUUACACGAUAUACCACCACAAUUAUUAUUUGUACAUUGGCAAAAAGAUGUUAAGGAUGUAAGAUGGCAUAAACAAAUACCUGGAUGUUUAGUAAGUACAGGUGGUGAUGGUUUAAACAUUUGGAAAACUAUAUCUGUGUAA